UUCUCCCUUGUUAAUGACAAAUGCACCAGGGUGGAAGGCCAAGAUAAUUUAAUGAAAUUCUUUUCUUUUAAUUUGCUUUACAAAUCAGGGAAAAGAUUUUCAGUCAUAAAUUAACAUUUUUGCUGCAAUUUUUUCUUUUACCUUUCAUUGUGUUCUUCCAAAAAAGGCGAUGCUCAAUGGUUCUAAAGAAGACAGUGAUCAUCACUGAAGAAGAUUUAUGUUAAUUAAUUUUUUCUGCUACCUAAUAGAUUGUGUUAAUCAAUGGUUCUAACGGUGUUGGGAUUUAGUUGACAUUUGCAUCUUGAAGAGGAUCUUGUGUUCAUACUUAACUAGGCGUAAUCUUGGAAAUCUUUCUAUAUAAAUAUAUUAUAUCUUUCUCAUAGCAUGGUAUGCAUGAGAGAAGCAUUAUUUUUUUCCUUGCCUUUUCUUGUUAAAAACCCUUAUCUUAUCCAUAUGACUGGCUCGUCCUUGCUUUCUGCACCUUUAACAUAUGUUGUUCUUAUAGUGUUACAAAAUGCCUAAGAUUUUGAAGAAAGCAAUAUUGGUCUUGUAAUUCUGAAAGAGAAUGGUGAUGUGGAUUCUGAGGUGAGAGUGCCUUCGGCUCCCAUCAUCUUCACUUAUCUGAGUUGUCUCAUGUACCUUUCAUACAGAGUUACAUACAUCUCUUACAUAGAGCUAUAUAUAUUGAUGAUGCUUUCUUAUUUCCUUGUAGGUUUUAAAGGUGCACUCAUAAUAAUUGUUUGGAUUCAUGCUACCAAGUUCCCACAUUGUUGAUUUGACACAUGAAAAAGUAAUUUUCAAUUCUAAAAUUGAUCUAUUUCAAUUUUUAAACUCGUGUAACAUGAAAUAUUAUCAAGCACUUAAUUUUGCAAGCCACUAGAUUGUUUCAUUUUAUUUUUCUUGAUGCAUUUAUUUUAUUGUAUAAAAGAGAGUAUUUGAA